CGGCGGGGCCGGGAGGGGAUUCCCGAGCCAGCGGGUGUUCGCCACCCCCCCCACCCCCGCCGCUGCAGCGUGGCGCGGCCAAGGUCAGGGGCACCGCAGGAACGGGAGCCCGCGAGGCGAGCCCGGGACGCUGCUCAAUACGGGCCUGUGAGGAGGCAGCUCCGAAAGCAGCGGCCCGAGCAGCAGGACGGCGACGGUCUCCGGGCCGGGGGAUGCCGGGGGCCGCGGUGGCACAACAGCCUGGCGGGGGGUGCGCCUGGGGUGCGGGCCCGGAUUCCCUGCCCAUCCGCUCGCGGGCGCUGUCCGCCGUCUGGUGGUGCUGAACCAGCCCUGGCCCCGCUGCUCGGGCACUGGCCAAGAGCUGGUUAGGGGCGGGGCGCUCGCAGAAGGAAGACUCGGGGCAGCGGCGCUGCGGAGCCCGGCUCAGUAGCCUUGCUGGCUCACAGCAGCGAGUCACUGGUCCUUCGUAGAGUGGAGGCACGAGGUACCCCUGACGGCGCUGCUGCUGCCUAUUCACCACCUGGACAACCUCGGAGGCCACGGCGAGGGCUGCUGGCCACCUUCAUACGGCCGCCUCUGGUGAGGGAGCCUCGCCCUCAGGAGGUGAGGACCCCUCCUUUCUCUGGCGGCCAAGCGUCUUAGGGCGGUGGCCUGAGGACAGAGAGGGGGCGUGCCACCCUCGGGUGAAGACAGCAUGCCCGUGUAAUACCCCCGCCUCCUGACUCAAGAGCGCUGACAUCGCCUGCCCAGCUGCGCUUGUCUUCGGAGCUUUGACCAUCCUUGGCUGGUCCCGAGCGGCUCUGGCCGCGGGCGCGGCGAUGGAGGAGGAGCUGAAGUGCCCAGUGUGCGGAUCCCUGUUCCGGGAGCCCAUCAUCCUGCCCUGUUCUCACAAUGUCUGCUUGCCGUGCGCCCGCACCAUCGCGGUUCAGACCCCGGACGGCGAGCAGCACCUGCCGCCGCUCCUUCUUUCGCGGGGUGCCGCCGCCGCCGCCGCGCCCCCUCCGGAUCAGGAUGCAGCCGCCGGCGCGACCUGCGGAGGCGCGGGAGCUAGUACAGCCGGAGGCCUGGGCGGCGGGGCGGCCGGUGGCGGAGACCACGCGGACAAGCUGAGCUUGUAUAGCGAGACUGACAGCGGCUAUGGCUCCUACACCCCCAGCCUCAAAUCCCCCAAUGGAGUCCGCGUGCUGCCCAUGGUGCCUGCGCCUCCGGGUUCUUCUGCCGCCGCGGCCCGAGGCGCCGCCUGUUCCUCGCUCUGCUCGUCCUCCAGCUCCAUCACCUGCCCGCAGUGCCACCGCAGCGCCUCCCUGGAUCACCGCGGCCUGCGAGGCUUCCAGCGCAACCGGCUACUGGAGGGCAUUGUGCAGCGGUACCAGCAGGGCCGUGGGGUUGCUGCGGGGGCAUCUGCAGCCCCGGCGGUGGCCAUCUGCCAGCUGUGCGACCGCACCCCACCGGAGCCGGCAGCCACUCUCUGCGAGCAAUGCGACGUGCUCUAUUGCGCCACCUGCCAGCUCAAGUGCCACCCGUCCCGGGGCCCCUUCGCUAAGCAUCGGCUAGUUCAGCCACCGCCGCCGCCCGCACCCCCAGAGGCUACCUCUGCUUCAGCCGGUACUUCCACCGCCUCCAGCGCAGGAGGAUGCAGGAGCCCAGGGGGUGCCGGGGCCCCCGUGCCCCGAAAGUUCCCCACGUGCCCGGAGCACGAGAUGGAGAACUACAGCAUGUACUGCGUGAGCUGUCGGAGCCCGGUGUGCUACAUGUGCCUAGAGGAAGGCAGGCAUGGCAAGCACGAGGUGAAGCCGCUGGGGGCAACGUGGAAACAGCACAAGGCCCAGCUGUCUCAGGCCUUAAACGGGGUUUCAGACAAGGCCAAAGAGGCGAAGGAGUUCCUGGUUCAGCUCAAGAACAUUCUGCAGCAGAUCCAGGAAAACGGACUGGACUAUGAAGCCUGCCUGGUGGCCCAGUGUGACGCCCUGGUGGACGCCCUGACUCGGCAGAAAGCCAAGCUGCUCACCAAGGUGACCAAGGAGAGGGAACAGAAGCUGAAGAUGGUUUGGGACCAGAUCAACCACUGCACCCUGAAGCUGCGCCAGUCCACUGGCCUGAUGGAGUACUGCCUGGAGGUGAUCAAGGAGGACGACCCCUCUGGGUUCCUGCAGAUCUCAGACGCCCUGAUCAAGCGCGUGCAGACCUCACAGGAGCAGUGGGUCAAAGGUGCCCUGGAGCCCAAAGUGUCUGCGGAGUUCGACCUGACCCUGGACAGCGAGCCGCUGCUGCAAGCCAUCCACCAGCUGGAUUUCGUCCAGAUGAAAUUGCCACCUGUACCCCUGCUGCAGCUGGAGAAGUGCUGCACCCGUAAUAACAGCGCCACCCUGGCCUGGAGGACCCCGCCCUUCACCCACAGCCCUGCUGAUGGCUACAUCCUGGAGCUGGAUGACGGCGACGGAGGGCAGUUCCGGGAAGUGUACGUCGGCAAGGAGACCCUGUGCACCAUCGACGGGCUCCACUUUAACAGCACCUACAAUGCCAGAGUGAAAGCCUUCAACUCCUCUGGUGUUGGGCCCUACAGCAAGACUGUGGUCCUGCAGACCUCUGACGUGGCCUGGUUCACUUUCGACCCCAACUCUGGCCAUCGGGACAUCAUCUUAUCUAACGACAACCAGACAGCCACCUGCAGCAGCUAUGACGACCGGGUGGUGCUAGGCACAGCCGCAUUCUCCAAAGGUGCGCACUACUGGGAGCUGCACGUCGACCGGUACGACAACCACCCAGACCCAGCCUUCGGGGUGGCCAGGGCCAGCGUGGUCAAGGACAUGAUGCUGGGUAAAGACGACAAGGCCUGGGCCAUGUACGUGGACAACAACCGCAGCUGGUUCAUGCACUGCAACUCCCACACCAACAGGACCGAAGGCGGUGUAUGCAAGGGGGCCACUGUGGGCGUGCUGCUGGACCUGAACAAGCACACUCUGACCUUCUUCAUCAACGGGCAACAACAGGGCCCCACAGCCUUCAGCCACGUGGAUGGGGUCUUCAUGCCUGCCCUCAGCCUCAACCGAAACGUGCAGGUCACCCUGCACACAGGACUGGAGGUGCCAACAAACCUAGGACGGCCAAAGCUGUCAGGCAACUAGCCUGGUGGCUCCCGCUGCCUAGCUGGCCGCGAUGGAGGGCCUUGAGGAGGACCAGGACACAGCACAAAGUCCUGGGUACCAGCAGCCAGCGGACAUCUGAAGAUGCUUUUCGGGGGGGAUUGAGAAUGAAUGCGAUACAAGCCACACGACCAUACUGUGAUCUGCUAUGUCAGAGUGGCUUUUCACCUCCAUGCCACAGGGCUACGGUCCCCAGGGUGCCCUCAAGACAGUGCUCCGGACAGACACCUUUUGUUUCCAGCUAAUGUUUUCUGACGUCUCUUUGAAAACUUUGAUUUCCUCUUAAAUUUUUUUCUUUUUUCUUUUUUUCUCCUGGAGGGAGAGAGGGAGGCAGACUCUGAGACUGGUAUAUCCCAGGAUGCAUCUGCGCUGUGAUGUCACUUCCAUGCCUGCGUGCAACCCCGUUGCUGGGACUCUGCUCCUUCUGGAGUCCCAGGCUUGUCAUCUCUGUGGGAAGGAACUGACAUUGAGCUUCUGGGAUACGCAGUUUUCAAUUCACUGCAAACCAACUCGGAGGGGACAUUAAUCACUAAUGAGCUGCUAGGACCCUUCAGAAAGGCUUCCUUAGGGUCUGUAACAUUACCCAUGUGCUGUCGAUCUCCCUCUCCCCCCCCCCACAGACACACACACACACACACACAC